AAAACCAUAAUUGAAGUAACAAAAUCAGAACCAAAUAUAAAUCACAAAAAAAAAAUCAGAACCAAAUAUUGCUCCGAAGAUUUAACAAACCCUAGCGCAGUCACCACCGCCACAGCCACCGCCACCGCUAGCACGUUCAGCCACCGUCUCCCAUCUCCCGUCUCAGUGUUGUGAAAAGUGAGAUGGGGACCAAGGCAAAGAAAGCUAUGAAGAAGAAUUUGAAAAGGGUUAAUGCUAAAAUCAAGCCAUCUGAGAGUGCUGAUUUUUUGCCAUUGGCGGGUGGUCCGGGUCGGAAACUUCCUGAACUGAAACCGUUGGAGAAUACUUCACCUGUUUUGUACAUUGGUAGAAUUCCACAUGGGUUCUAUGAGAAGGAGAUGGAAGCUUAUUUUGCACAAUUUGGAACCAUCAAGAGAUUGAGGAUAGCCAGAAAUAAAAAGACCGGAAAAUCCAGACAUUAUGGGUUCAUAGAAUUUGAAUCUCCUGAGGUAGCAAAAAUUGUAGCUGAUACUAUGCACAAUUAUUUGCUUUUCGAACACCUUCUUCAGGUUUAUGUGGUACCUUCAGAAAAUGUUCAUCCAAGAUUAUGGAAAGGAUUCAAUUACCGUUACAAGCCCUUGGACUCCCUACAAAUUGAACGAGAGAGACAUGACAAGGAAAGGACAUUGGAAGAACACAAAAAGUUGGUUGAUAGGGUUGUGAAACGUGACAAAAAACGCCGUAAAAGGAUAGAGGCUGCUGGCAUUGAUUAUGAAUGUCCCGAGAUUGUGGGUAACCUCCAUCCUGCUCCAAAGAAGAUUAAGUUCGAAGACUAAGUAGAUGAAGGCUGAUGAUGGUCUAGCAUGUCAUGAAGGAUGACAAGAAACUGUUUUUUAGGAUUUUUAAAUUACUAAUGAACAAUCCUAUUUGUAGGGGCAAGAGCCUCCAGUUUUGAGAAUUUCUGAACAUUAUAUUAAGGAAAAUAUUUGUAUUAGUGUUAUCCAUUUCACUAUUCAUUUGUUUUUGUUGCAGUUAAUCACCUUCAUUAAGCCAUGAUGAACCAGUUUAUUGGUUUUGGAUA